CCGCCUCCGCCGCGGCUUGUGGUCGUCCCGCCAUGGCACUGUCGCGGGGACUGCCCCGGGAGCUGGCCGAGGCCGUGGCCAGGGGCCGGGUGCUGGUGGUGGGCGCCGCCGGUGGCAUCGGCUGCGAGCUCCUCAAGAACCUUGUGCUCACCGGCUUCUCCCACAUCGACCUGAUUGAUCUGGAUACUAUCGAUGUGAGCAACCUCAACAGGCAGUUUUUGUUUCAAAAGAAACAUGUUGGAAGAUCAAAGGCCCAGGUUGCCAAAGAAAGGGUACUGCAGUUUUACCCAAAAGCUAAUAUCAUAGCCUACCAUGACAGCAUCAUGAACCCGGACUAUAAUGUGGAAUUUUUUCGACAAUUUAUAUUGGUUUUGAAUGCUUUAGAUAACAGAGCUGCCCGCAACCAUGUUAAUAGGAUGUGUCUGGCAGCUGAUGUUCCUCUUAUUGAGAGUGGAACUGCUGGUUACCUUGGGCAAGUAACUACCAUCAAAAAGGGUGUAACUGAGUGUUAUGAAUGUCAUCCCAAACCUACCCAGAGAACUUUCCCUGGCUGUACAAUUCGUAACACCCCUUCUGAACCUAUUCAUUGCUUCGUUUGGGCAAAGUAUUUGUUCAACCAGUUGUUUGGGGAAGAAGAUGCUGAUCAAGAAGUAUCCCCUGACAGAGCUGACCCUGAAGCUUCCUGGGAACCAAUGGAAGCUGAAGCCAGAGCCAGAGCAUCUAACGAAGAUGGUGACAUUAAACGUAUUUCCACUAAGGAAUGGGCUAAAUCAACUGGAUAUGAUCCGGUUAAACUUUUUACGAAGCUUUUUAAAGAUGAUAUCCGGUAUCUGUUGACAAUGGACAAACUGUGGCGGAAAAGGAAACCUCCGGUUCCGUUGGACUGGGCUGAAGUACAAAGUCAAGGAGAAGAAACCAAUGCAUCAGAUCAACAAAAUGAACUGCAGUUAGGUCUGAAAGACCAGCAAGUUCUAGAUGUAAAGACCUAUGCAUGUCUUUUUUCAAAGAGCAUUGAGACUUUGAGAGUUCAUUUAGCAGAAAAAGGGGAUGGAGCUGAGCUCAUAUGGGACAAGGAUGACCCAUCUGCAGUGGAUUUUGUCACCUCUGCUGCGAACCUCAGGAUGCAUAUUUUCAGUAUGAAUAUGAAGAGCAGAUUUGAUAUAAAAUCAAUGGCAGGGAACAUUAUUCCUGCUAUCGCUACUACUAAUGCAGUGAUUGCUGGGUUAAUAGUAUUGGAAGGAUUGAAGAUUUUAUCAGGAAAAAUAGACCAGUGUAGAACAAUUUUUUUGAAUAAACAACCAAACCCAAGAAAGAAGCUUCUUGUGCCUUGUGCACUGGAUCGUCCUAACCCUAAUUGUUACGUAUGUGCCAGCAAGCCAGAGGUGACUGUUCGGCUGAAUGUCCACAGAGUGACUGUUCUCACAUUACAGGAUAAGAUAGUGAAAGAAAAAUUUGCUAUGGUAGCACCAGAUGUCCAAAUUGAAGAUGGGAAAGGAACAAUCCUAAUAUCUUCAGAAGAGGGAGAGACAGAAGCUAAUAAUCACAAAAAGCUGUCAGAAUUUGGAAUUAGAAAUGGCAGCCGGCUUCAAGCAGAUGACUUCCUUCAGGACCACACUUUAUUGAUCAACAUCCUUCAUAGUGAGAACCUAGGGAAGGAUGUUGAAUUUGAAGUUGUUGGUGAUGCCCCAGAAAAAGAGGGGCCCAAACAAGCUGAAGAUGCUGCCAAAAGCAUAACCAAUGGCAGUGACGAUGGAGCUCAGCCUUCCAUCACUGCACAAGAGCAAGAUGAUGUGUUCAUAGUUGAUUCAGAUGAAGAAGGUCCUUCAAAUAAUGCUGACAUCAGUGAAGAAGAGAGAAGUCGCAAGAGGAAAUUAGAUGAGAAAGAGAAUGUCAGUGCAAAGAGGUCCCGCACAGAACAGACGGAAGAGCUUGAUGAUGUUAUAGCAUUAGAUUGAACAGAA